ACCCAUCUCUCUGUUGUCCUCUCUCUCUCUCUCUCUCUCUCUCUCUCUCUCUCUCUCUCUCUCUCUCUCUCUCUCUCUCUCUCUCUCUCUCCAGCAUGGAAGUCGGCACAGAAAACGUGGACGUAGAAAGUGGAAAUACCUCAGACCCAGAGGACGACAAUUGCUCGGAUAACGAUUUUGACCCUUCAAAACUCGGAACGAAAGAAUAUUGGGAAGAAGCGUACCAAAAAGAACUGGAGACAUUCACAGACAUUGGGGAUGUUGGUGAGAUAUGGUUUGGUGAAGAAAGCAUGAGCCGUGUUCUGCGUUGGAUGGACAAAGCUAAUAUCCCCGAAAAGGCUGCCAUUCUUGACAUUGGCACUGGAAAUGGAGCCUUUUUAGUUGAAUUGGCUAAACACGGAUACAGGAAUCUGACUGGUAUAGAUUAUUCGUCAGCGUCUGUAGAAUUGGCCAAAAAUAUUCUGCAGGCGGAGAACUUGACGGAUGUCACUGUAAAGGAGAUGGAUUUCCUUAGCUGCCAUGGGGAGCUUGUGGGUUUUGAUGUCUGCAUCGACAAAGGAACAUUCGACGCAAUAAGCUUAAACCCAGACAACUCCAAGGAGGGCAAAAAACUCUAUCUCCAAGUUUUAAAAGAUGCUCUAAAGGACAAAGGAUUCUUUGCUGUCACCUCAUGUAACUGGACAAAAGAGCAGCUGCUGGACAGAUUCAGUGAAGGAUUUGAUUUUGUACAGGAGUUGCUUACACCAAGUUUCCAAUUUGGAGGCAAGACGGGCCACAGCGUAACGGCACUCAUCUUCAAGCGAGUAUGUUGAUUCACACGUCCCCAGAGGAAAUUUUAGUUUUUUUGUCAUUAAUUCUGCUGUUUUUCUGUGUUUAUACAAGGAAAUCACACUUCCUGUGCAGAUGUUUUCUACCAGACCUUAUUGAAUUUUUUUUUCUUUCUUAAAUAUUUGUUUUAUGAAGCAUACAGUGUAACUGAUCGGAACAAUGCUCUAGAAAUAAAAACAUUUUGUUUUGUUUUGUUGCUGUCAUA